GCAUCCGAUUGGGUUCGCUUUAGAUCGUUGGUGCGCAUCGUUUCAGCUAUUUCCGUGUUCUAAUUGAAACGUCAAACGGCAGAAAUGUCAGACCAACUAUAAGAUAGCUCGAAAGUGUUUGGAGAUCUGAACAAGGAUUCUUGUUUUGUCAAGGGACAAUAUAGGCUUCUUAAGAUAUUUGUACGCACCUUUUAGUUGUCGACUGCACCAAAAACGUUAGCCGGUACUGUUCCGUAAACUUUAUUUUCGUGUUUAAGUAAAUCUGUUAUUAGAUGCAACGUAACCUCGAUCAAUUCGAUCGAUUUUAUGUGGCAUUUUGCUGUCGACACAAUGAUGUCGAUGUUUUGUCUUCGGAGGGUAUACAAAUCGUUAUUUUUAUAAUCAUAAUUUUUUCUAUAAUUUGCUAGAAUCUAGAACUGUUAUUGGCUUAUUAUGUGUUACCUAUAGACAUAAGAGAGGACGGUAAAAACCCGCGCGACGGCAAUAUUUUCUGUCGUAAGUUUCGCGCGUCAUCAUUUGUUUCCUUCUUAUUUCCUGUCAGUUCACCCUUAAGAGUGUUGCUGUUAGUAAAUAAAUCGCUUUAAUUGUUAUGCAGGUGACAGCAGCCGGUAAAGCGGUGUUGGUGACAGGCUGCGACAACGUCCUAGGCAACGCCGUGGCGAGAAGACUGGACGACCUGGGCUACCACGUGUUCGCCGGCUUCCAGAGCAAGGCUGGGAAUAUCGACGCGGACAUGCUGAAGGAAGACUGCUCCGGGCGGCUGCAUACUCUGCAGUUAGACAUCACUUCUGAGACCCAGAUCCUGUCUGCGUCGCUGUACAUCGUGGACCACCUACCAGAGGGCGCGCAGGGCCUGUGGGCGAUCGUGAACUGCGAGUCGUGGUGCGCGCUUGGCGAGCUCGAGUGGGUGCCGUUCUCGGUCAUCCGGCGCGCGAUGGAGGUGAAUCUGUUAGGUCCGUCCCGGCUGGUGCAGGUGAUGCUUCCGCUGGUGCGGCGCGCGCGCGGGCGCGUGGUGCUGGCGUCGUCGAUCCUCACGCACGUGGCGGCGCCGGUGCGCGGCGUGCACGCCGCCUCGCUCGCCGCGCUCGACGCGCUGGCCGCCUGCCUCCGCCGCGAGCUCAAGCCGCGCGGAGUGGACGUGGUGGUUGUGGCUGCUGGGGAAUAUACGACGGGUAGUGCCUGGUUGUCAGAGGAGAAAUUGCUGGAGCAGGCCAGGGACAUGUGGAAGCGGCUCAGCGACGAGCAGAAGGGUGCCUACGGCGAGGACUACUUCGAGAACGCGCUCCGCAGCCUGGAGAAAUACACCAAGAGCGCUGAUGCUGACUUGACGGCGGUGACCCGCGCCCUAAGCGACGGCGUGACGCGCACCUUCCCGCUGGCCCGCUACACGCCCGUGUCCCCGCGCGAGAAGCUCAAGUCCAUCCUGGCCGAGCACCUCCCGCGCUCCCUCUACGAAGGGCUCUACACCGACUAAGCUAGAUCACUGCUCUCCACCUGGCUCGCAUUUCGCUUUCCGAUAUUUUUCUUACCAUCCUAUUCAUUAUUCAUUACAGGUAUCUGAAUACAAGAUAUACUUAUUUAUGUAACGCUACCGCCACUUUUAGCAAAGUGUGCAAAGUGACCAUUUACAACUACAUACGUAAGGUCUAAGUAUAAGCAUGUUGCUACUAUAUUACUACAUAGCAUAUUUCACAACUGUAGGUACCUAUAUAAACAACUGUGAACAUUGGUUGACCUUUCGGUACGUUUUAUUCAAGAGACCGAUACAAGCUCAAACCGUCUCUAUUGUAUUCUGAUAUCUAUAUAAUGCCAUUAUCUUCGAACGAGCGAAAUUAUAAAAUGUCCCUGAAAUUUCCUUUGUAAACAAAAUUUAUAGCCCAAAAUUAUGGCGCCGUUGUGUCUACACAAAAUGCAAAUAUCCGAAUACGGAAAUUAAUAUGAAAUCCAUCAGCCCUGAUAAUAAGUUAGGUGAAGUUGGUCGUGCCAAAAUGAGGCCAUAUAAAGCUCGACUCGGGCUUGCAUAAGCUAGAAAGUUGGAGCAACUUCGUUGGUCAUUUAACCAGCAUCUACUAUCCACUUAAACACGUUCGCGGAACUCCAACACGAAUUGAAACGAGUUUUCUAUUAAACUCGAAAUUUCCGUUUAAAUACAGCUAAGUAAAUUUCACUUUUUCUUACUUGUAAAAGUGAAAAUGUAAAUUAGUGUAUUUCCGAUUAAGUCGAGUUAUUUUCGAUAGAAUCAUUUAGCCAAAUACUUGAUCAGGUGCACAGUCUAAUAUUUUUUCGUAAAUCAUUUGAAUAAAAGACCCUCGUCAAAUAUAUCAGAUUACAAACGACUGUGGCUGACAGCUUCUAAUUACGAAGGUCUGUAAUAUUUUUGUGGUCAGAAUAAGUAGUUGUACUUUCCCAUCAUCCAACGUAAUUUUUUCUCCGAAUAACGUUAAUUUCUCUUGAUAAUUCCUUAGAUCUUAAUAUCGAUACAGUACCGGCCAAAAAUAUAUGACCUUCAGCUUCUACGGCAAAACUGUUUCUAACUAAUGCGGUCAAUGAGAUAACCUGGCCACAUAUAAUGGCAAUGUCGUAGUUUUUUCUUGUUUUGUCACAUACUUCAUCGCAAUAUUAAUUGAUUUAUAAGUAAAUGUGAAACUGUCACUAAAAACUUGAAUAUUAAUAUAAACUUGUAUAUUAAUAAACAAAGUAUGUUGAAGCUUCAUGGAUGAAAGAACUCGGACCCCAGUCAAUAGAAAGCUAUUUUUGUUGGCCAUUAACUGGGGCGUACCCAUGAAUGAUACUUAAAGUCAACAUGAGUUCGUUGUGGUGUGGUUGUUUUAAGUAAUAUAAUGGGUCCACUGUCUACCCACAUUGUUUCAUUAAAAUAUUAUUUAUACAAUUGGUAAACCAAUGAGAAUAUAGGAAUAGGCAUACAUACAAUCUAACCAAUAUUUAUAACCAUAAACAUUAUAAACCAAUAAAAACACAAAAGUAUAAUAUAUUUUUGCCCGAUAGUGUAUACAAAAGCAAUGCUUAAAAGUUCAUUUUAGUAUUGAUCUGAAUAUAUACAUGUAUAUCUAGAAUUUACUAUUACUUAUUCUUGGAAACAAUAUUAUUACACUCUGGAGUCUACAAACACACAAGAAGUUAUUUCCCACGACCUAACAUUGUUAUUUCCCCUAAGUAAUAGAUACUUCCAGCUAUGAAUAUCUAUUACAGUAGCGAAGUAAUUUCUGUUUAAUAAGUUGGUCGGUAUUUCACUGCGAAAGCUCGACGCUAAAUGAUUGCUUCCUUUUCCAACUUGCAACUGAAGCCUAACUCACGCUUUGUGACUAUGGUAGAGCAUAUUUUACUAUACGUAUGUUUUUUGCUUUAUUUCUGUAGAGUAUUCGUUUGUAGUAUUUUUAUACUAGGUGUCUGGAUUCAUGAUUAAUUGCGAACUGCAAGCUACGGCCCGCGUUCGAUUUUGACUUCAUAAUUAGCUCUCGAUCAAUGUCAGCGGCAUAUGUUUCGUAAAAUUUUGCACUUAAAAAGCGUUGAAUUUUAAUUUUGCCGCCUUUGCCAUAAAUAUUUAAAGCAACAACGAAUUCUAAUAAAACUAUCACACUUAAUAUGAAAGCGUCAUAAAAUAACUUGCUAGCGCGUUUUAGACCACUUAGUCGCGUCGCAGAUGCACAGAAGGCUAGUUUUCAAACUUCUUUGUGCUAAAACUUAAUGUAUAAGGGUAUAUUACACCUUUUACCAUAUUUUAUAAUUAUAGAGACUAGUCACACCAGUCUUGAAAGAACAAAAUUACCACCGUUUACGUAUACACCGUUUAGCAAAAAAGUCUUAUCCCGACGUAUACGUUUCGGAGUGGUCGGUCCUAAUUAUUACUAAUAUAUUACUUAACAUGUAUAUAGCUACAUUUUUAUACCCGCUUUAGGCGAGGCAGCGUCAAUCAAGCAUAUUGUAACCAAAAAAUGUUGAUUAUUAUGUUUAUACCUUGAAUACUCGUAACAAGGCGCAGGUACAACAUAUACCUACAACACCAACGAAAAUAACCUAAAAUUGAAAUUAUGUAAAUUUGCCUGUUUGUGUUACACACUGUUCGCCGCCUCGCCUGCGACUGCAGUGUAGGUAGAAAACCAAUUUCGUUAUGUAUUCACUUUUAUGUGGUCAUCAAAUUUUAUGUCGUUGAAUUUGUUGAUUGAUUAUGUUGUUUUUUAGAGUUUAUGUAUAUAAUUUUAGUAUAACGACUUAGUAAUCUACACUUAAGAACAGUGAAAAGUUUUCACUAAAACUUUGUAUGAAAGUUCAAUACUAAUAUUUGCCCGUGUUGGUUAUUCUUGAAUAUAGAUGUUGCAUUUGUUAUCUUAUCCUAAUAUAAACAUAGCUUAUGUAUUGUUUGUUUCCUCUUUUUUGUGCGAAUAUGUCUAUUGUAAAUGCCUAAAUAUAGCUACAAAUGCAACAGAAACUUCUGUUGUUUUCCAUUAACUUUAAUAUAGAUUUGUGUAAUGUUAAUAUAUUUAUAACAUCUAAGUAGAAGUACAUUAUGAAUGUCUAACUUGGGCAUUGUGUGUGUCGCAUGACAUGUAACAGAGUAAAAUUGAUGAAGAGGUCAUCAGAAGAACUAGAACAUUACGGUAUUACAUUUGACAGUAAACGGUUGUUCAUUGACAUAUUUUACUUUGCGUAGCAUAAACACAACGCCAAAGUUGUUUUACGUGGCACACCGUUGAGUUAAUCCUGAUACAUGUCUUAAAAGUAAAGAUUCAUUGAUUUUAUUAGAUGUGAAAAAUAUGACGCUUGAUUAGUUGUAACCACUAACUGUUAUCAAAUUCUAAGCACGAAUCCAUCUGUCUUUACACAACUAUUACAAUCAACGAAUCUUUGGUUAAAAUUAAAUUCGCUGUUAAAACCACUUAAAGACCCUUUGGUUUGAAGUUUCUAUUAAAAGUUUUUCUUUUUAACUAAGUAUGUCGACACAUAACGAGCCGUCUCACGAGGAAACUGCCACGCGAACGACGCGAGGCAGCUAGAUCUGGGCAAGGAAAUGCAGACCGAAUAUCCGAAUAAUAAAUAAGACCGAACUAUUUCGCGCGGCAAUUACCUCGCGAGGCAUCUCGUUCAAUGUGGACCUCUAUUGUAAUUUUCUCUUACUAGAAAACCUAUUACCAGUCAAGUAGAUUAUAGUUGUAGAGCCUAUGUAUAUUAGCAGCUUCAGUAGCUGAACGGGCGAGGUGUUCAAUACAUCUUCACCCGCUCUUAUUAUCAUAACAUUAAAGUUUUAUUGAGAUAAGUUUGAACACCUCACUCUAAUACCACUGUUGCUGACUGUAGUUUGCUCUGUUUGUAUUUAUAAAUUAAAAUGGAAUUAUAACAAAGAGCGUGAAAGAAUUUCGUCAUCCAGCCAAAUCCAUUUGGAUGACUGCAGCAUUUAACUUCCGAGAGAGCAAUUGACAAGAGUUGAUAGUUUUACGUGUGGAUAUAUUUCGAAUUAUUGUGUUUGUAUUUUUAAUAAAAUAAUAAAGCUUAAUAAAAUGGU